UUGAGGUGCUUCCGCUAUAAAAGGGCGACCAUCCACAAGGAGUCUGAACACAGCAAGCAAGCAAGCACACAGCAAGGAAAACACAUCAACUGAAAACCUUAGUACCAAGAACAAACAACUACAAGAGGCUUUACAAGUUCACAGGGGUUAGCUGUUUACUGCGAAUGAACAUCCAGAGGAAGCCUGGAGACUGGAACUGCAAGUCUUGCCAGCACCUCAACUUCAGCCGCCGCGACUUCUGUCAGCGCUGCCGUAAUCCACGCCCGGACUUGCAGUUCGGCGACAGCCACGGCACCGGUGGUGUGCUGACCUCCCUCGACGUCCGCCCGGGCGACUGGUACUGCAACUGCGGCUACCACAACUUCGCGAGCCGUACCAGCUGCUUCAAGUGCGGCACCAUCGUCAGGGAUUUCCCGGCAGCCGGUGCUGAGGGUGACUUUGCUCACGGCCGUGAGAGAGCCGGAGUUCGCGCUGGUUGGAAAGCUGGCGAUUGGAUUUGCACAAGGCCCGGUUGCAACGUGCACAACUUUGCAAGUAGGAUUGAGUGCUAUAGGUGCAAUGCACCUAGGGAAGCAGGCACCGCGAAGUAAGAAACGACUGAGGUGACCAGGACCGUGAGGUGUGGCGAGCUGGCCGAUGAUGGAACCAACUAUUGUCACACACUCGCAAUCAAGCAUCCAGGAAGGAUGAGUUUACGUACGAGUUUGUUGUGAUUGUUAAUCGUAGUACUACUGCGUGGUUGCCAGGGUGGAGAAGUACCCAAGCACCCCAAUUGUAAUGUGUGUGAUCUCGCUAUUUCGUGUUGGUUCAGUGACUACUGAACUGCACGGCUUGAUGUACUUGCGUUAUGUGUUGAUCUUAAACAUCACAGAUGAUUAUCUAAGUGUUAGCUUAUCUACUCUGUUCGAC